ACGCGUACAAACAUCAUUCCAGCUUUCGCAUUUCCCUCCACUCCAGCAUUGUGAUCUCCCAAAAAGCCAAGCACGGAAACAGGCAGAGCAUCUCGCCAUGGCGGCCGCGGCCAGGGCCUUCGCCGCGCACGUGCUGCGCGGGAGGUGGUUCAUGGCGUACGGCUCCUUCCUCAUCAUGUCCGCGGCGGGGGCGACGUACAUCUUCGCCGUCUACUCCAAGGACAUCAAGGCCACGCUCGGCUACACCCAGGAGCAGCUCAACACCGUCGGCUUCUUCAAGGACGUCGGCGCCAACGUCGGGAUCCACGCCGGCCUCAUCGCCGAGGUCGCCCCGCCAUGGCUCGUCCUCGCCAUCGGCGCCGCAAUGAACCUGGGGGGAUACCUCAUGCUCUACCUCUCAGUCGCCGGCGUCGUCCGCGCCAGGCCGCCGCUCUGGCUCGUCUGCAUCUACAUCGCCGUCGGCGCCAACUCGCAGGCCUUCGCCAACACCGGCGCGCUCGUCACCUGCGUCAAGAACUUCCCCGAGAGCCGUGGCGUCAUUCUCGGCCUGCUCAAGGGCUUCGUCGGACUCAGCGGAGCCAUCUUCACCCAGCUCUACCUCGCCUUCUACGGCGGUGGUGGCGGCGACACCAGGCCGCUCAUACUGCUCGUUGGCUGGCUCCCCGCCGCCGUCUCCGUGGCUUUUCUCGGCACAAUACGGAUCAUUCGCUCGCCGCGCUCCCCGGUGGCGGCGCGCCGCGAGUACCGCGCGUUCUGCGGCUUCCUGUACGUGUCGCUCGCUCUCGCCGCUUACCUCAUGGUCGUCAUCAUCUUGCAGAAGAGGUUCUUGUUCACCCGAGCCGAGUUUGGCGUCAGCGCCGCCGUCGUGCUCGCAAUGCUUCUUGUUCCAUUCACCGUGGUCCUGCGCGAGGAGGCCGCACUGUUCAAGAGCACGCUGGAAGCGCAGUCCGUGGUGACCGUGGCCACCAAACCGCGGACGCCGGCACAAGAGCCAGCGGCCGUUGUGGAGAGGCCAGCGGCUACACUGAUGUCGAGGGUGGUGCGGGCUCUGAGGCCGCCACCGCUUGGUGACGACUACACGAUCCUUCAGGCGCUGGUGAGCGUGGACAUGCUGCUGCUGUUCACGGCCACGGUGUUCGGCAUGGGCGGCACCCUCACGGCCAUCGACAACAUGGGCCAAAUCGGCGAGUCGCUGGGCUACCCGCAGCGCAGCAUCGCCACCUUCGUCUCCCUCAUCAGCAUCUGGAACUACCUCGGCCGGGUCGCCUCCGGCUUCGCGUCGGAGGCGCUCCUCGCGCGGUACCGCCUCCCGCGCCCGCUCGUCCUCGCCGUCGUCCUGCUCCUCACCGUCCCGGGCCACCUCCUCAUAUCGUUCGGCGUGCCGGGCUCCCUGUACGUGACGUCGGUGAUCAUCGGGUUCUGCUUCGGCGCCGCGCAGCCGCUGAUCCUGGCGAGCGUGUCGGAGCUGUUCGGGCUCAGGUACUACUCCACGCUCUACAACCUGUGCGGCACGGCGAGCCCCGUGGGGUCGUACGUCCUCAACGUGCGCGUCGCCGGGCGCAUGUACGACCGCGAGGCCGCGCGGCAGGGUGGCGGACACGCCGUGGCAUCGGCGUCCGGGAAGAGGCUCGUGACCUGCAUCGGCGUCCGGUGCUACAAGGAGUCGUUCUUGGUCAUAACGGCGGUGACGGUGGCCGCCGCGGCCGUGACGCUGGUGCUGGCGUGGAGGACUCGGGGAUUCUACGCGGGGGACGUGUACGCGCGGUUUAAGGAGGAAGAGGAGGUGGUGGUGGCUGGGCAGAGCAGAAAUGGCGUCGCCGCGUCGGAGAUGACCAGUUAGAAAAUGGAUCUAAGAUCUAACACAACACACGCGAUCACAGUAGUGAGGUGGACGAGCACAAUGUUGGAAAAUUAUAAGGUAAUUUUGUAUGAUUAAUUCAAGAAUAUACGAAGGCCAAUGCUACGAAUCAGCGGAAUGAUUUCUUUCUGGAUAAGCGCGCUGCUGGUCCUUUGGAUGACAGCAACCCCACAGCAGCAGUAACCAGUAAGCUUCGCCGUAGCGCGGCUGCACCCCGGCAGUUUUCAUGUCAAACUGCCGGCGUCCGGCGAAGCUCCAAUGCAACUCCGGCGACUCCGGUGAAGCUUCAAUGUAACUCCGGCAGAGCUCCAAUGCAACUCCGGUGACUUCGGUGAAGCUCCAAUGCAACGUAGCGCACAACGGCGACGGUCUCCAGCGAUGUUUUGUUGUUGCAUCAAUGGUCCCCCCGCGAUGCUCCAUUGGAGCACUUACGGUCUCCGGCAACGCUCCGUUGGAGCACCGUGCAACUUGACGAAGCCACAUCGGCUACUCCUCGCAGCAAGGGUUCUGUUGGAAAAACCGGCGAGCCACCGCGUCGCUCGCUUGAAGCAUGAAUGGAGCACGUUGACCCCUCGUUGCAGCACCGCUGCGACCCCGGGUCCGGCCGGCUGCACACUCAUCUGCAGCACCGCUGGCAGUCGCGUCUCGCACUACUGUGUGUCCGCUCUUGCAACGACCGGUGGCUGAUGGUGGAUAACGAGAGCAGCUAGCCGUUGGUGGCUAGCCUUGUGAUGGUGGAGAACGAGAGGGGCUGAGGAAGGAGAGAGGACCCGAGUGGAUAAG